UCGCUUUUAUUAAAUUCGGCGCAGUCGGGGAUCCGUACUGACGUCAGCUUAUGGAAAUUGUCACAGUGGCAAGAUGGCUACGGAACCAAAUAAGACUGAAAUCCUGACUAUUUUCAAAAGAUUGAGAUCCAUCCCCACGAACAAGGCAUGUUUUGACUGCGCGGCCAAAAACCCGAGCUGGGCGAGCAUCUCUUACGGCGUGUUCUUGUGCAUCGACUGCUCGGGCAUCCACCGCUCCCUGGGAGUUCAUCUCAGCUUCAUCAGGUCCACCGAGUUAGACUCCAACUGGAACUGGUUCCAGCUCAGAUGUAUGCAGGUCGGAGGCAACGCCAAUGCUACGUCAUUCUUCCGCCAACAUGGCUGCUCCACAAACGACACCAACGCCAAGUACAACAGUCGUGCUGCCCAGAUGUACAGGGAGAAGAUUCGACAGCAAGCCAACGCCGCUUUGUCCAAAUACGGAUCAGAUCUGUGGAUCGAGUCUUCUGCAGGAAGCGCUCCUGCAGCCCCCGAGAAGAAAGAGGCAGACUUUUUUGCUGAACACACACAGCCUUCUAAUGACUGGAGCAUGGCGCCGUUCUCUGAGUCGUCAGCGCUGAACGGAUCCGCCAUUACCUCCCAGCUGACCGACACAACGGCCAAAAGCCAGGAUGACAACGCUCCAGAGGACGGACCGAGCAUCGACGGUCUGGGCACGUCCCCCAAAGCCUCCCUCGAGGACUCCAUGCGUUUGUCAUCACGCGACGCUGAACGGACAGCAACAGAUGUGAAGCCCUCCAUCAUCGGAAAGAAGAAGCCCAUGACUGCUAAGAAAGGGCUCGGGGCUAAGAAAGGUCUGGGCGCCCAGAAGGUGAGCAGUAAGAGCUUCUCUGAGGUGGAGAAGCAGGCGCAGGUGGCCGAGAAGAUGAGAGAGGAGCAGGCUGCUGAGGCCAAGAAACAUGCCGAGGAGUCCAUCGUGGCCUCGAUGCGCCUGGCCUACAAAGAGCUGGAGAUCGACAGGAAGGUGGAGGACAGGAAGAUGCAGAACCUGGAGGGAAAGAAGCGAGAGCAGGCGGAGAGGUUGGGGAUGGGCUUCGGCAACAGGAGCGCCGUGUCUCACUCAGUGAUGUCAGAGAUGCAGGUGAUCGAGCAGGAGACGCCUGUGGGAGCCAAGUCCUCCUCCUCUCGCUCCAAACUGGACAUGUUUGACGAGCCGGGAUUCACCUCCGGACCCCCAAAGUACAAGGACAACCCGUUCACAGUGGGGGACAGCUUUGGGUCUCGGUGGGACACUGAGGGAGGGACCGCCUCCUUCACCACCUCCUGGGCUCUGGAGAAAGACGACCCCAAAGAGGAGGUCACCAUCUCGAGUAUUCAGCCAAUCGGAGAGAGACUGCCCAGCAGAAGGAAAGCCGAGGUGGCGGCUCCGGUGUCAGAGUCCAGCGAGGCCAGGCAGAAGUUUGCCAACGCCAAAGCGAUCUCUUCGGACAUGUUCUUUGGUCGCGAGAGCAGUGCAGAGUAUGACGCAAAGACGAAGCUGGAGAACUUGUCUGGAAGCACCUCCAUCAGUUCAGCUGACCUGUUUGGAGACGGCAGUGACCCCAAAGGACGGGCUGCGGGCUUCGACAGCGUGCUCCCCUCCGGCCCAGACAUCGCUCAGUUCAAACAAGGAGUGAAGACUGUUGCCGGCAAGAUGGCGGUCCUCGCCAACGGAGUCAUGAAUACAAUCCAGGAUCGUUACGGCUCGUACUGAUCCGCCCCGGCAGACUCGCAGCGACCUGUGUGAGAUCAGCGUGACGAGCCGGCCCGCCUCCUGACUGACACGAGGAUCAGAGCGACGAGAUGGCGAGAGAGAGAGAGAGACGCAGAAGGGAUUGCAUGGGGAAAACAAAUCGUCCUCCUCGCUCCUCCUCUUCUUCUAGAGACAUUUCUUUCCAGGAGUGAGACAGUAUUCUCUCAUCCUCAUCUGAGUUUUAUUUUCAUAAUGGAAACCAUCAGGUGUAAUCUUUUCUAAAAACCAGAGUUCUGUUGUCGUGUUUUUGGUCUUAGUUUUCAAAAAAAAUACGACUUCCGAGUUAUUCUACGAUAUUUUAUUCCUCGUGUAAAGAAAUCAAAGUGUCGCUUUUUGAUUUAUAACCUCAAACUUCUCGCUUCUUUUUUUCUUUUCUUUGUUUUAUUGUAAUAUUAAAAACAGGAGCGGUUUAUAUUUUCA